UAAUACCUUGACUUUUAAUACCUUGACUUGUAAUACCUUGACUUUUAAUACCUUGACUUCUCAUACCUUGACUUUUAAUACCUUGACUUCUCAUACCUUGACUUCUCAUACCAUGACUUCUAAUAAUCUGCGAUCUGACCCGUAAGCGUCCCGAGCAAGACGAGAAAAACUGCUUGGGGUUGCCAACAUGGAAGGAGCUCUACCGCGAUGUCGAAUCUUAUUUCACCUCAUACCUCAGAAACUACCUCUUGUCUCCUCCCUCAACCUCUCCCCUUCCCUUCGAACUCAAUAUGACGCCAGAUGCCUGCUGGCGGUAGACUCCUUCCCCCGCCAUCAUCAACAUGGGAGUUUACGUACCAACUUCCUCGAACACCAUCUCUCCGCCGCGAUUCGGUCCCCGUCUCGCCCCGAUCUCAUUGCUAUCGCACGAAACAUCUGCCCUAGAGCAAGUCGAACGCGGUGUCGUUUGAAAAUAAUCAACAUUCGAAGUUCCCCAUACCACUCAUUCCCUUAUUCCUCGUUCCCAUCACUCUUCAUUCCUCUACCCUUGCCUCCCAUACCCCUAAUUCCCUCCUCUUCUCUUCUAUACCCAGUCAUAUCGCAUCGCCAUUGCUCGCUAUCCAACAUGGCUGAAACCGCGGGCAAUAACCCUAGUUCUACCGUUGCUCAACUGCUCAAGGAGGUUGAAAAGUUGAGAAAGUCGGAAGAGGAAUUAAUCCUCUACACCUGCCAAUACAGAUAUGCCCACGCCGCCGUCAAAGAAAGAUUGGCUGGGAUCUGCGGCAAGGCUAGGGUGACUCUUCUAGACGCUCAGGUGGUCGUUCGAAACAGAGUCAAUCGCGGAAUGAAAGGGGAGGAUCCUCCCAAACCAUACCCUCCGCUGAAACUCCCCGGAUCCUACGGUGUGGAGGAGCCCAUUUCCAAGUUUGAAUCGAUUCUCGACGAGUUGACUUUCGACCCUGCUCGGCCCCCGCCUCCCCCGCCGAUAGCAAGCCCAGGCCCCAGAGCCGAUGCGGGGUCGAGUCGCGAUGCGGUAAAACGCGAGUACAGCCCUACUGCUCAGCCGAGCAUUGCCGUUCAGCCAAAGAGCGAGACUCAGUCGGAGAGUGCUGACGCGCCAGCUAUCCUUGUUCGGUCGACCAUUACACCUCAGCCGGACUGUAUUCCUCGGUCAAAGAGUGUCGUCCGGUCGACUAUUGUUCAGUCGGCCAUUACCCCCCUGCCGAAGAGUCAUGCCCGGCCACUCAGCAUUGACGAAUCAGAGAUCCUUGUUCGAUCGACCGUCAGUCCUCCGCCGAAGAGGACCGCUCAGCCAACCAUUAUUUAUAUAGAGAGCGAUGACGAGCCGGAGAUUACUGGUCAAUCAACGAUUGCCGUUCAGCCUUGCGUUACUCCUUCGGUAGAGACAUAUACUCAGCCAGACCCUAAAGUAAAAGUUGAACUCGGCAGAGAAACAGAGCUGUUGGCAAAGGUGCGUGCAGUACUAAACAGGGAGAAGCAUCGAGAAGCAGCGGCGCUUUGUGAAAGUGAUUCCGACAGUGAAGAAAUCUUAAGUGCCCAAUGCGAUAGCCGCCCGAAGUUGGUGAAUCACGCACAAGGAUCUCUACAGACUACUCUCGGCCCAACGACAUAUAUUCCCCAUCCUCGUACGAUAUCCAACAAGCGCCCGCGCGAAGAACAUACAACCCUACAAUCCGGCGGGGCAUCUCUCGCGGGUCCCAGCAAAAUCCAGCGAACAGAUAGUCAGGCGUCUACAGCCUCGGUAUCCUUUGGCUGCCGGUCGGACUCGGGGAUAUCCGAUAUAGCUGAAUCGGACGACCAAAGAACAGUCAGCUUGAAUACCAUCGCGUGGACAUCAGGUUCCAAUAUCGUUGCCCCAUCCAAACCCGGCCGCGAUGCGCCCAAGAACGCGGGUCUCGUGCCGUGCAAAAACGGAAACAGAACCCGAGCCGAGUGCAUAUUUGAAUCUAUUGCGAAGAUCAAGAAGAAUAUCUCCCGACCACUCACUGCGCUUGCUGGUGGUUUCGACGAUGAUAUAUGCUUCACCGCCUUUCCCAUGACGCGUGCCAACCUACCCAUGCUCGUCCUACUGCAAGCUGCGGAUUCUGUGAUGGAGUCGAAUCCCGGCAGACGGUCGCUAUUCGAGAUCAGCGUUGGAUGCUCCCACGGCUGCCAGAUACAGAUGCCCCUCGUCAAGAUUCUGAAGCUCGAAUCAGCGGACCACGUGGCAGACCUCAUGUCGAAAGACGCAUCGGGCACGCAGCUGACGGUAUCCCAUCUGUGCCACAAGUCGUAUUGCAACAAUCCCAAGCACGUCAUUUUCGAGUCCAGCAGAAACAAUAGCAACCGCAACUCGUGCGUGAAUAAGUGGGCAUCCCCCAGCAGGAACACUCAUAUCCCCCAUCACUGCGGCGUGCAUGCACCGCCUUGCCUACUUCGCAACGCCCACAACGACCUGCACUCGACCAUCAUCAAAGAGUGCCAAAGCAUGUCUUUCGUCUCCGCCGCGCGAAAAGCUAUGUCCCCCGUCUCGUUCGUUCUCAGCUUGCACCCCAUGGAUAUCGGUCUCUGGUACGACAAACCCACACCAUUCACCACGGCGGGUCCCAAGGACGGCCAGAUGAAGUUGUCGUACGUGGACACGCGUGGCGUCGUCCUGAGUAGCGUGCUCAAAGGUCCGACCUUCUCGGGUAAUGCGCCACGCUUCUCCACCGACGACAUGAUUGGCCUGUUCCAUGGCACUACCCCGGCUUUUUCAAUGGACAGAUUGGAAAAGACCGUGAAGAAUUGCUACAGCGGGUCGGUCGGCCCUGGCGCAUUUUACGUCGGCCUUAAUACUUCGGGUUAUCUCCAAGUAGACGCGUCCGGGCGCGACAAAUACGGUAACAAGAUAAAAGUCAAGCUCACCGUGACGUGUCCCUUCUGCCGUCACCCGAUGUUCAAAAUCAUGCCCAAGACGCAUCGCAACCCUGCUACUACUCCGGCAUCCAUGUCUAACCCUACCACGGUUCUCUAUCACUUGCUCCUCCGGCAUCCCGAGGUCGUCACCCCCGUAAAGGUAACCCAACUUCUCCUCAUGAUGCAAAACAACGAAUUUCGCGAGUGGAUCGAAGACGCGUCAAAGCUGAGCAACAAGACCAAGUCGUUCAGCCUCGCAGCAGUAGACAGGGAUCUUAGUCAGUUUAAGAUUCCCCAGAUGCUCUUAGACCUUGCCGAACCCAGCGACGAAGUUGUUUAUAAGCCUCAGCCCAAGCGAAACAGGAGAUGGGAUGCCGGCGCCGACGACGAUUACAAUGAAUGAUGAUUACGACAUACGACGAGUCGUCUGGCCUGCCUCGUCGAACCCUUCUGUUUCUAUGAGCAUUCUGUUAGUGUUCUGUUAGUAUACUCUAUUGUGCGGCGAAGAAGUUUCCUAGUUACGUGUUUCACAUCUGUCGCCUCUUGGGCGGCGCGUAAUCUGUUUCUACUUGUCUCCCACAUGCGUCUUCCGCCGUGGGGGGGUGCGAUACCUUUCGACCUUGCUACUUGUACGAGCAUCCUCUACCCCAUGCUGUCCAAUCUGGCUCAUCUGAUCUCUGCUGCAUCUUGGCGCCCUUGUAGUUUACUUAGCGCGGAUAUGUAUUGGUGGAAGCAUAGUUAUUUGUCACGAGAGGUAAAUGGAAUUAGUAGCAGAGUUAUAAAUACGAACAAGUUUUGCAAUUUUACAGUGCCAUCGUUUUCUACGUGAUAGAAUUAACAAGCGUUCCACAAACGCGUCAGUCAGAGUGACGAUGUGAAGAUUAGCCACAUGUUACGCGAUGUCUCGUAGCGUUUCUAAGGGGCGACUUGCUCUCGCUGCUUGCGACACCAAAACAGAGCGAGAUAGUAGAUGCGCAGUAAAGUACCUAGGUAGUUUCGCUGUAAAGUAAUUGCGCUGUCACCUACGACACCUAAAAGUAAUGAAACGUAUUGUGCAC